CAGGUGGCGGGACACCUCUGUUCCACAGGUGAUUUAGGUUAGCCUCCUAAUUGAUGGGGAGGAGGUGAACGCAAACUGUGAUUGGGUUAUGGUGAACAGUCAGAAAUACCGCUUUUUCUUUUGUUUAUUUUUUGUUUUAGGAUAUCCACUAAAACUAAUAAAUUAAACUACCCGCGAAAGCACCAAGAGAGCACACCACUGCAGAAGGCAGAACUAUUGGGCUGGGCCCUGGGGAGGAUAGGGGGGUCGUUUUCCAAGUAAGGUUGUUGCAGAAUGGUGUCAGAAAAGUUUCACAGCGAGGGUUCCUCAUCUCCAGUCAACGUCUGUCUCUGCUCUGAAGAAGCCACACCUGUUCAUCUGCUGAUCAUCUACUCAAGAAAUAAGUUCCGCUCUUUGUUUCUGCAUCUCCCUGACACACAGAAACAUGACUGGCACUGAGAGAUUCAUCCUCAUUGGCUGCCUGCUGCAAGGAGCCCUGGGUGGAGAGUGGGCAGUCUGGAUGCCUCAGAGUAUAGAAGCUCUGAAUGGAUCCUGUGUGCUGAUUCCCUGCAGAUUUGAUAUCCCAGCUCUACAUGACAAACAUCUGGGAGCUUCCGUCAGUGGAAUAUGGAGGAAAAGUACAGGAACGGGUCCAGUGGUGUUUAAUUCCAGCACAGCUGAGACAAAGCCUGAACAGAACAAAAUUAAAGGAACUUUAAUUGGAAAACUGCAGAACAAGACCUGCACUACAAUUCUGGACAGCUUCCCCUCAUCUUACAGUGAUAGAUAUUUCUUCAGAUUGGAAUCCCAGACUGCUCUCAAGUAUACGUUUGAUACAAGUGUCAUCAUUAAUGUACAAGACUCUCCACCCAAACCCAAGUUAACCCCAGAGAAGGUGGAGGUGAUGGAGGGGACCUCUGUGAGUUUGAGCUGCUCUGCUGCAGCCCCCUGUCCCCAACUCCCCCCAAAUCUGACAUGGACCCCCAGGCUGAGUGACAGUGUGGAUCAACUACAAGAGAAUGAGGAUAAUAGCACAUCUGUGUCUUCUGAUCUGACCUUCACUGCUUCCCACCUCCACCAUGGGCAGAAGAUCACCUGCAGGGCACUUUACACACUGCAACAAGGAGGCAAUCUGAUGUCUGAGGCCAGUCUGACUCUCAGAGUUCUAUAUCCUCCUAAGAAUACCUCAGUGUCAGUCAGUCCCUCUGGUUCAGUGUUAGAGGGCAGCUCAGUGACUCUGACCUGUAGCAGUAAAGCCAGCCCACCAGUGCAGAACUACACCUGGUUUGAAUUGAAUGUUAGUCGGGUGACGUACAGGGGAACUGGGAUUAAACUGGUCCACCAGUUGUCUGACACCAAAGCGCAAUUCUACUGCGUGGCGAGAAAUAACCAAGGAAAAGACACUUCACCUGUGGUUCAACUCAACACUGAAUACUGUCCUAAGAAGACCUCAGUGUCAGUCAGUCCCUCUGGUUCAGUGUUUGAGGGCAGCUCAGUGACUCUGACCUGCAGCAGUAAAGCCAGCCCACCAGUGCAGAACUACACCUGGUAUAGAGUGAAUGGGAGAGACACUGUGGCUGUAAGAACUGCAGAGCAACCAACGCUACUAGUCGCUGCCAGAGCCGGUGGGCACUACUUCUGUGAAGCACGGAAUCAGUGUGGGGCACGGAGGUCUGAAACAGUGUUCCUGUUUUUUGAAGGAAGUAAGUGUUCUCUUGUGCAAAAUAUUAUCAUCGGAGCAUUGGCAUUCUUCUAUAUUCUAACAGUUUGUUUUGCGGUCUACAGAUAUAAAAGCCAGUCCAAAAAAAUAAAAGCACUGCAGGGAGAAAAGGGCGGGGACAAUUAUGCCAGCCUGCAGAUCUCCACGAUGACCACCUCUGAUUAUGAUGUCAUAAGGAAGGAAGUGGACGCUACCCAAGGAGCAGAUCAAGGAACGUAUGAUUAUGAAAACAUAAAAAGGAAGAAUCACAAAGACGGACCAGGAACUGUCAGAAAAUAUUAAUAACGGUGCUCAGAAUAUUAAAUGCAUAUAUAUUUGUAUGACAAGGGGCCGCCUGUAGCGUAGUGGUUAAGGCCUGUAGCGUAGUGGUUAAGGUACACUCAAGGUGGGUGGUUUGAUCCCCACUGAGCCACGCACAGCCGUUGGUCCCUUGAGCAAGGGCCCUGAACCCUGUAUUGCUCCCGGGGAGGAUUGUCUCCUGCUUAGUGUAAUCAAUUGUAAGUCACUUUGGAUAAAAGCGUCAGCCAAAUGACAUGUAAUGUAAUGAUGAGAAAUAUGCUCUUGCCAGGUGUCUUCUUAAUUCUUAUAUUAUGAAAUAUAUAAACCAUGAAGUGCAUCAGCUGUGCACGGUAAGCUAAAAAAAGGUUGUCUGUACAGGCUGAAAUGUUGCUAUUGCCAGAGUCACUUGCUAGUGCUAGUUUGCUUAGACCCCACCAUUGAUAGAGGCACUUUCCUUUGUAUUUUUGAAUGGUGCAUGGACAGGUUGGGUACAGUACAUUUCUGCACUUGUGCUUGGUUUUAGGUCAGAGUAGGAAUCCUCGGAAGUUAGAAUAACUAACUUAACAUGAGCUCAAGAGUUGCAGUCACCUGCAACUGGAUGUAUUUUGGUUUUGGGUUUUUUUGCUAUAUUUUUAUAAUGUGUUUUGUUUGGCUUUUUGGGGAAGUUAUUUUUUUAACUCUGCUUUGUUUUUGUGCACUAGAGACUUGUGUUGUUGUGUCCAAACUAAAGUCCACCCAUAUAUGCCAGUGUACCAUUGUAAUAUGGGUGGAUUUUAGGUAAGUACAGGUUAAGUGUGCUAUUCAAAUAAAGUGAAACUGGUGUACAAUGUG